UGGCUGGGUCUUCCAACAUGACAACGACAUGAAGCACACAGCCAGGAGAACCAAGGAGUGGCUCCGGAAGAAGCAUAUCAAGGUUCUGGAGUGGCCUAGCCAGUCUCCACACCUAAAUCCAAUAGAACAUCUUCGGAGGGAGCUGACACUCCGUGAGUCUGCAUGCCUAGGGGAUGGAUUGUAUACACCUUUGUCCAUGGAGGGGAUUGGAACACCUGAAUCACAUGAUAUGGAGGGGAUUGGAACAGCUGAAUCACAUGAUUGGAGGGGAUUGGAACACCUGAAUGACAUGAUUGGGAGGGGAUUGGAACACCUGAAUCACAUGAUAUGGAGGGGAUUGGAACACCUGAAUCACAUGAUAUGGAGGGGAUUGGAGCACCCGAAUCACAUAAUAUGGAGGGGAUUGGAACACCCGAAUCACAUGAUAUGGAGGGGAUUGGAACACCUGAAUCACAUGAUAUGGAGGGGAUUGGAACACCUGAAUCACAUGAUAUGGAGUGGAUUGGAACACAUCAAUCACAUGACGAGGGGG